UGUGGUUUCCUGUCAAAUACUUACAUUUCUUAUAAAUCUUUUAAAACACACUUCAUUUCCUGGUCCUGCACACUUGCCACACCGCUCAAGGAGAAAUGGGUCAAAAAUUCUUGUGCUACCUCUACUUACUUUUACUUACCACUGUCAGUAAAGCUCAGAGAAAACCAGGCGAUUGUCCAAAACCGUUACCGAUACCUGUGUGUGAAAAAACAUGUUUCAACGAUUCAAAGUGUAGUGGGACGGCAAAAUGUUGCAGAACGGACUGCAAUGGAUCCGUUUGCGUGGAGGCUUACCGACCUCAUCCCGUUAUCACACGAAAUAAACUCGGUUAUUGUCCUCCGCGUUUGAGUAUUCCAGAAUGUAGAGCGACGUGCCAAGAAGAUCACCAAUGCAGUGGAGAGGCUAAGUGUUGCAAAACAGAUUGCAACGGAUACGUUUGCAUAGAUCCCAUAUUUAAUCUCCCACCUCCAUCUGGUGCAAAACCUGGCUUUUGUCCAAAACGAUUAAAUAUACCGGUAUGCCAGGAAAUUUGUGUCAUUGAUGACCAAUGUGCCAGUGACGGAAAGUGUUGCAAAACUGAUUGUGGUGGCGCCGUUUGUGUACAACCAAAAAUGGAAACAGUAACUCAGUUAGCAAUUGCAGCACAGCAAAAACCCGGAAGGUGCCCAGGACGAUUAAAUAUACCUGUGUGUACAGAGGCAUGUGACGGAGACCAUCAAUGCGCUGGAGAUGCAAAGUGCUGCAGAACCAACUGCUAUGGACUUGUGUGCGUAGAUCCAAUUUUGGAUACUGCGCCACCAGCAAGUCAAAAACCCGGAAGUUGUCCGCCACGUUUGAAGCUGUCGAUUUGCACAGCGACUUGUGCAAAUGACUAUUCGUGUUCGGGCAAUACGAAAUGCUGUCACACAGAGUGCGGUGGAACUGUGUGCACGCAACCAAACGCAGAAGCGAUUGCACCACCCCCACCACCGCCACUGCCACAAUCACCACCAUCACCGCCAGAUAAUUCUAAACAACAAUGCCCCGCCAGUCCUUCGGGCCCUUGGGUUUGUACCAGCACUUGUUCUUCCGACAAAGACUGCAGAGGAAAGCGGAAAUGCUGCAAGAAUCGCUGCGGAGCGCACGUCUGCACAAAACUAAGCAACUAAAAGAUGUUGAGAGUAGUAAGACGUAGUUUAAGUUAUUUAACUAUUCAUAAGUUUGUUUAUACUGCACAACCUUGUGUUUUGUAUGAAUUCUCGGUCUUCGUCACAAGUUAUGUACUUAAUCUUAAGAUACCAAAAAAAAAACAUGUUAUUUAAAUA